AUGGGUCGCACCAAGGAGGAUGCCUCGAUUGGCAUCAUCGGUAUGGGUGACAUGGGCAAAAUGUAUGCCCAUCGUCUAAGUGCCGCAGGAUGGAGGAUAAACGCCUGUGACAGACCUGAGAAUUUUGAAUCUUUAAAUCAAGAAUUCGCUUCUCAACAAGGAGUCACCAUAUUCCCCAAUGGACAUCUCGUUUCAAGAAUUAGCGAUUACAUCCUGUACAGCGUAGAGGCUGGAGCCAUCGACAAGGUCGUGGAACAGUACGGACCAUCCACCAAGGUCGGUGCCAUCGUCGGUGGUCAAACGUCCUGCAAAGCCCCGGAGCUCGCCGCAUUUGAUAAACACCUUCCUGCCGACGUCGAGAUUGUGUCUUGCCAUUCGCUUCACGGCCCCAAAGUGAAUACCAAGGGUCAGCCUUUGGUCCUCAUCCAACACCGAGCCUCGGACGAAAGCCUGCAAUUUGUCGAAAGCAUCCUCUCUUGCUUCGGAUCCACACAUGUCUACCUCACCGGCGAGAUGCACGACCGCAUUACCGCGGAUACACAAGCCGUCACUCACGCAGCCUUCCUGAGUAUGGGAACCGCAUGGCAGGCCAACACCCAGUUCCCCUGGGAGCAGGGACGAUGGGUGGGUGGCAUUGAGAACGUUAAGAUCAACAUCACCUUGCGUAUCUACUCCAACAAAUGGCACGUCUAUGCUGGCCUUGCCAUUCUCAACCCGGCGGCUAAGCAGCAGAUUCGCCAGUACGCCGAGUCCGUCACCGACUUGUACAAGCUCAUGAUCGGGGGACACCGGGAGGAGCUCAAGCAACGAGUCAAGGCUGCAGGUGCUUCAGUCUUCAAAUUCGGCACCGAAAAGCAGGAUCUCCUCCUGAGGGAUGACGUGCUGGAUCAGUUCUCGCUGGGCAACCUUCCGCGUGAGAAGGCACCCCCUAACAGUCACCUCAGUUUGCUUGCCAUUGUUGACUGUUGGUCGAAACUCGGCAUUGUUCCCUACGACCACAUGAUCUGUUCUACUCCGCUUUUCCGUCUCUGGUUGGGUGUCACCGAGUACUUGUUCCGGAACCAGGACCUCCUCGAUGAGGCACUGGAUACCGCCAUUGACGACAACACCUUCCGGUCCGAUGAUCUGGAAUUCACAUUUGCCGCGCGGGCAUGGUCCGAGUGUGUCUCUUUCGGUGACUUUGAGUCCUACCGUCACCGUUUUGAACACAUUGCCGAAUACUUCGCCCCACGUUUCCCUGAGGCAGCCAAGCUUGGCGACGCAAUGAUGAAAACCAUCCUGGAGAAGACGACCUCCAACAAAUGA